AAAUAUUUUCAAAUCAACCGAGCUAUUUUCGAACAUUUCUCUUCUAAAACCCUAACCCCUUUCUUCCUUCUUUAUUCUCUGUCUCCCACUCCGCCGAUAGCCGAUGCUCUGCUGCCGACCAUUUUUCUUUUCUGUUCUCUCAUAGCUUCAUCCUCUUGUGUGGCGCUUCUAGUUUCUCCCGUUCUUCUUCUCCAGAAAGAACCAACAGUUCACUCUUCCUUCUCCUCCCAGUUCUUACACUCAUGUCUAACUUGUUUCGCAGAAUCCUUCUACUUAGAUCUGCAUCGCCAGUCUUUUCUCAAGGAUUUUCCGGAAGUCCGUUGAAAUCUCUCAGAUACUUAUCGACUUCUUCAGAAAUUGUAUCAUCUCCGGAAUCUGCUCCGUUGGCUUCUAAUGCUGUUCAGCAUAAGAAUAAGCGUAAGGAUGUAAUUGCGUUACUUGCCGAUCAUGGAUUCUCUCAAUCCCAAAUCUCUGGCCUUGACAAGAAGUUCCCUAAAGUUUUUUUUUCGAACCCCGAGAAAACCCUAUUGCCCAAACUGUUGUUUUUUCGAUCUAAAGGUCUUUCUUCCCCAGAGAUUGCCAAAUUAGUAUGUUCAUUUCCUUAUGUCUUAAAUGCAAGUUUAAACAAACGAAUUAUUCCAGCCUUUGAUUACAUUCAAGCCGUGUUUGGAAGUGAGGAGGAUUCUCUCAAUGCCAUAAAACGCUUUUCGGGUAUUCUCAUGAAGGAUCUUGGAAUUUCAGUUGGUCCCAAUAUUGAAAUUCUGAAACAAAUUGGAGUGCCGGGUUCAAAUAUUUUCAAAUAUCUUCAGUACCAGCCUAGAAUGUUCUUGGCAAAUCCCAUCCGAUUCAAGGAGAGUGUAGAGAGAGUUACGGAAAUGGGAUUCAACCCUCAACAAUUGCAGUUUGUUGUUGCUGUUUUUGCUCUGCGAGCAAUGACCAAAUCUACAUGGGAUAAGAAGGUUGAAGUUUAUAGGAAAUGGGGAUUGUCUGAAGAAGAGAUCUGUUUGGCUUUUAGAAGGUAUCCAAUGUGUAUGGCAUUGUCUGAGGAUAAUAUUAAUGAUACAAUGGAUUUUUUUAUCAACGAAAUGGGAUGCGAAUCAUCUUAUGUUGCUAGAAGACCAACUUUAUUUGGAUGUAGUUUGAAAAAGAGGAUUUUGCCUAGAGGCUUUGUUUAUCAAGUUUUGCUGUCAAAGGGUUUCAUUAAAGAACUCCAGAAAGUUUCUUUCAUGUUUUUGUGUACUGAAAAGCGUUUCAUAGAAAAAUUCAUCAACCCUCAUAAGGGGCAGAUUCCUGGAUUGUUGGAGUUGUAUGAAGAGAAAUUGAUGGAUUCUAGAAGAUGAACAGGUUCGAUCUCCUUGAAAUUUUAAUGCUCAACUGUUUUUUGUUAAUUGAUAUGUGUAGUGACAACUAAAACUAAAAUUUAUGGAUGGACUUGGUAUCUUUUUCCUA